AAACAGAGACGGUAGGUUCCUACAGCAUAUUAUAUGUUUCUGAGAUGGAGACAUGAAACACUUAUUAACCUGAAGGUAAGAGAGCAAGGAAGAUGCGUAGGCGAGAGUUAUAACCCAGCUUCUCCAAUGCGCUUAGAUUAACCAUCGCGAGAACCCGAACACGCGCAGAUACAUACAUAAUGUCUCCUCAUCUUGACACAGUUUCUAUCUAGCUUGUCCAUGUAACUGACCAAGUACAUAGGCAGUUCAAUUUCGAGAAAAUUUCUAAGAGCCUGUUCGGACACAUGCAUCACAGUUUCACUUCGAAAGAGGUUAAGAAUAGAAUUGGAAAAAAGAAGAUUUUUUUCAUGAAUUUCGCAUCCGUGACAGGUAAACUGAAACAUCAAGUGUAAAUUAACAUCAAACAUGCAUGGCACUAAGUCUUCUGGCUACAGAAGCACGCUUUGAGAUAAAUCAAGGUUGUUACGAGAUUCUGUACUUCCUUUCUGUGAGGUUGAAAAAAGAAAAGAAGUCAACAAAGGAAUUGAAAGAAACGUCAGAAUACUACUCUAAGAGCUUCCACAAUUACACCAAUAUGUGGGUUGCAGAAGAACAGCGCUUAAAUACUGAAUUCAAAUUACGGUUGUCGAAAAAAGAUGAGGAGUUACAGGUUCUCCGGGAACACUUAAGAGACAUGACAGCAAGAUUAGCUUUAAGUUUUGAAAAGCGACUGAAGCAAGAUCAGCGACGAGUUCAAAAUUUUGUGGAAUCAAACACACCCAGUGAUAUAGAAAAAGACUUCCAGGAAUUUUUCGAUGGGGAGAGGCUUGACGCUUAUGAUGACAUCGAGUUCGUGUUGAGCCCUUCCGGAGAAAACGACGUGAAAAUUUAUUAUCCAAGACUGGCUUGCUUGAUAUUUGAGAUCGCUUACGAGCAGGUUAAGGAGGCAAGGGAUGCUUCUUGUGAUUUGUUCCAAAACAUUACUGGCCAACUAAUCAAGGAAGCUCCAAGAAUGUGCCAGGAAAUGUGCCACGCAAGAAAGAGUGGUGCUUCUGCUCAAUUACAAGAAACAUUCAAUCUUUUACCGGGAAGAAAAAACAAAGGAACAUCAACAGAUGUACUUGAUGGAAUGAUGCUUUCCUUGAAAGAAAAUUCGCACUUGAGUGACCUUAAGUGCUUCGAAGAGGAUGUCAAAGAGAGUGUGAGGGAACAAUGGAAAAAACUUGCGUCUAAAACGGAAAGAUCAUUCUUACCCACGCCUUCAGAAGAUGUGUUGACACGACUUGGAGACUACAUAAAGGCAUGCAUCAGGCUAACAUGGAGAAUAGUUACACAAGUUCCACCAAUGCAGUUGGAGUAUAAGGCUGUGCAAUUUGACAACAAUUUGCAUAAACUGGCGAGAUUCCAACAACGUGUAGAAUACUUUCGUGGCGCAGAUCAGCUUUCUGGGAAGGUUAUUGCCUGUUACUUAUGGCCUGCUCUUUUGGAAGCGGGUGGUCGAAUUAUUUUUCCCGCAGAGGUUAUGUGUGAGCGUGAUUAUGUGGUGAUUUCCAAACCAUUGACACCCUGACCCAGAUAGAUAAAAUCCUCCACAAAAUCUUUGAGAAUGAGGUCACAAGUUACGACAGAAACAAUACGGAUAUUAAAUAUCAACGACAUUUAAACAUUGCAAAAGGAUACAUAUAAUUCAAUUCAUUUUGGAUUAUUCCAAGACUGAAUGAUACCUUUUACUUAGCCGGUUGAGGUUCAAAGCUGCCCCCUACUUAGAAAAUAUCAGCAGUAAGGAUUUGAGAACAUUAUCUUUCUUUUUCACAAAUGAAUUGAUCUUUCAUGGUUUUUAAUUUUAACGCUGUUAAAGCAAAUAUCUAUUCAAAGAUUUACCUGCAAAUAAAGCCAAAAGCGGCUUCAUUACUUUAUCGGAAUUAUGCCGUAAAUGUGUUUCAUAGUAAAGAGAGUCAGUCAUUUCGUUUCGCAGUUUGGUUUUCGUCACAUAGCUGUUGUUACCCAAUAGUUGUGAAAUAAAAGAGGAAUGCAAUUAGACUUAA